AUGAGGAUUCUAGUGCGGCGUUGCUGGAGCACACGGUUGGUCCCUAGCGCCACUGGCCUGAGGUUGACUCCACUAUGGCGAUCGCUGGCCGGUCUCGGCGAGGAGGGCCUAGGAGCUCGAACCCGCAAGAAGCCCCCGUGGCGGGUGCUCUUCUUCGGCACAGAUCAUUUUGCCCGCGAGACGCUGCGGGCGCUGCACGCCGCCAGGGAAAACAAAGAACACCCGGUAAUAGAAAAACUGGAGGUAGUCACAGUGCCCUCCCCGUCACCCAGAGGACUACCAGUGAAGCAUUACGCCGUGCAGUCUCAGCUUCCAGUGUAUGAGUGGCCGGAUGUGGGGUCUGGAGAAUACGAUGUUGGAGUUGUAGCAUCCUUUGGCCGGCUUUUGAGUGAGGCCCUUAUUCUUAAAUUUCCCUAUGGCGUAUUGAAUGUCCAUCCCAGUUGCCUCCCAAGGUGGCGUGGUCCAGCCCCUAUCAUCCACACAGUCCUCCACGGAGACACAGUGACUGGAGUUACCAUUAUGCAAAUUAGACCUAAAAGGUUUGAUAUAGGCCCAAUUCUCAAACAGGAAACUGUCCCUGUUCCGCCAAAAAGCACCGCAAAGGACUUGGAAGCAGUAUUGUCAAGACUGGGUGCUAGCAUGCUUAUUUCUGUUUUGGAAAAUUUGCCUGAAAGUUUGAACAGUGGAAGGCCACAGCCGACUGAGGGGGUGACAUAUGCCCCUAAGAUUUCUGCUCGUUCUAGCUGUGUAAAAUGGGAGGAACAGACGUCAGAGCAAAUCUUCAGACUUUAUCGUGCCAUUGGAAAGAUAAUUCCACUGCAGACACUCUGGAUGGAUCAUCCCGUUAAACUUCUGGAUCUGGUCGAAGUUAGCAGUUCCAUCCUUGCUGAUCCAAAGUUAGCAAGACAGACUGUCAUCCCAGGAACACUAGUAUACCACAAACAGUCACAAAUACUGCUGGUUUGUUGCAAGGAUGGCUGGAUUGGCGUUCAAUCACUGAUGCUCAAAAAAACACUAACAGCUACUGACUUCUACAAUGGAUAUUUGCAUCCCUGGUACCAAAAAAAUUCUCAGGCUCAACCAAAUCAAUGCCAGUUUCAAACUCUAAGACCGCCAACAAAAAAUCAUCAGGAAAAAGUUGUUGCUAUGCAACAGUGCACUAACUAG